GUUGUGGAGGUUUAAUGUCAAAUUAUCAAAACUGGGUUAGCGUUUAAAUUAGUCAUUUAGCUUAUAUUUUUAGUCUCGGCACCAGAACAUCAAUGAUUGAAGACACAAAAAGAUACAUACCCAAAGUACCUAUUGACGUAUCAACUCUCCACAGAUCUUCAUCCAUGCACAUGACAUCUUCAUAGCAACCACAUUCUCCAGAGUCUCUGCUGGUUUUCUGCUGGUUUUCUGCUGUCUUUCUUUUAUCCGUUAGACUUUAGGGGAAGCUCACAUCUCAGUUGUGCUACCCAAGGCAAUAAAUGAAUGCCAAAGUCUUAUCACUUGGCUUGACAUUCAUCCGCAACCUCGUUCGACUACCCCUCUCACGACAGUCUCGCAUUGCUUCAACUUCCUCUUCACCUUUGUACUCAACUUCACCAAACAACAGACGAUAUUUCAGCUUCGUACCUCAUAAAAUGUCACCACCAAAGUCUACCCUUGAUUUCCUUGACUUUGUCAAUGCCUCCCCUACCCCUUAUCAUGCCGUGCAAUCCUCCAUUCAACGCCUAGAGAAGGCUGGCUUCUCCUCUAUCAAGGAGAGAGAUAAUUGGUCGUCCAUUCUUCGGCCUGGAGGUAAAUACUAUAUGACCCGGAACGGGUCAACCAUCGUAGCCUUUGCCAUCGGCGCUAAAUGGAAGCCCGGAAACCCAAUUGCCAUGCUCGGAGCCCACACGGACUCUCCAUGCCUACGGAUUAAACCUGUCAGCAAGAAAAGUAGCGCAGGUUUCUUGCAGGUUGGUGUCGAAACGUACGGUGGUGGUAUCUGGCAUAGUUGGUUCGACAGAGAUUUGUCUGUUGCUGGUCGUGUUCUGGUAAGAGAUGGGAAGGGGAACUUCACUCAGAAGCUCGUCAAAAUAGAUCGUCCCAUCAUUCGCAUCCCUACUCUUGCUAUACACCUCGACCGCUCUUCUGAGUUCAAUCCUAACAAGGAGACUGAAUUGUUCCCCAUUGCGGGUAUGGUAGCUGCCGAGCUAAAUAGGACUGGUCGGACUAAGAAGGCAGUAAGCACCGAGGCAGCUCCCGAAGGAAAUUUCCAGCCACUCAAGGAAAUGACCGAGCGCCACCAUCCAUAUAUCAUCGAGUUAAUCGCUCAGCACGCCGAAGUAGAAGUUGCUGACGUGGUCGACUUCGAGUUGGUUCUCUAUGACGUCCAGAAGUCCUGCCUUGGCGGCCUGAACGAGGAGUUCAUCUAUUCAGCUAGGCUCGAUAACCUCAAUAUGACUUACUGCAGCGUGGCAGGACUUAUAGACUCUGUUUCGUCCGCCAGCCUCGAUGACGAGACUAGUAUCCGCCUAAUCACAUGCUUUGACCACGAGGAGAUCGGUUCAACAUCUGCUCAGGGUGCGAACUCAGACCUCUUACCAGCUGUGGUUCGCCGGCUUUCUAUCUUGGCUGGUGGUCGUCAUGGGGAUACGGGGUCUGACAAGUCAUGGGAACAUAUCAGCUCAGACCCUGACAUUGACCUCACGACCGCUUUUGAGCAGACAAUGGCGGCAUCGUUUUUGGUUUCUGCUGAUAUGGCUCAUUCGGUUCAUCCCAACUAUGUUGGUAAAUACGAGUCCGACCACAGACCUGAGAUGAACAAAGGCACCGUGAUCAAGGUCAAUGCAAAUCAACGCUACGCUACCAACUCGCCUGGCAUCGUGUUGUUACAGGAAACGGCAAAGCGUGCGGGCGUCCCAUUGCAAUUGUUUGUUGUCAGAAACGAUUCUCCCUGUGGUAGCACGAUUGGACCUAUGCUCUCUGCCAAGUUGGGGGUAAGAACUCUAGAUCUGGGGAACCCCCAGCUCAGUAUGCACAGCAUUCGCGAGACGGGUGGUACCUACGAUGUCGACCAUGCCAUCAAACUGUUUAGCGCUUAUCUGUCCUCUUAUUCGGACCUUGAGGCUAAGAUAUUUGUUGAUUAAGCUUAAGUUUGACAUUUAACGCAGGGCUAAGUAAAGGUAGACAGACUACCGAGUGUCAUCGACACAUGGCACGAUAGUAAUAUACCGAUCUAAACAAACCACCAGAAAUAACCUUCUAUAAAAGACUCAAACUAGGUAUGUAGCCGCAAGUUGAAUGAUAGCCGCCACGAUACUUGACCAAGGGGUUGCUAUAGAAACUGAGAUGACAAGUCUGCACCGGAUAAUAAACACGAGA